AUGCUUCAUUACUUUGUGUUAUGGGAUGACGAAGGAACCGAGACCACCAACAAAUACCUCAACUUUUCAAGAAAGUUGUACGAAGUUAUGACUCCAUUUGUCUCCAAGAGUCCAAAAGAGGCCUUCCAGAACUACAAGGAUCUUGAUAUUGGUGCCAAACUUUAUGGAAGCAAGUAUUUUAAAUGCAAUUUUGGAAACUUAAUAAACGUGUAUUAG